UCAAAACACCAACAACAAGUCAUCAAACUCGACUUCCUCUUAGUCAUAUGAAUAAAACUGGUUUUGGUGGUUUGACGGUAGCGGAUUUCUUAAAAAUUGGCCCAGAAUUCCCCAUCCCGAAAGGGGUAUUUACCAUCGCGGCCGCGAUCGAUCCGAAAUAGCCCCACUACAACAAGUUUCAAGUGUCUCUGGCCCGAUUUAAAGCACGGACCGCUCUCACUCGCCAAUUCUGUUGUGCGUCGUGCCACGCGAUUCUUCGUGUGUGACUGUGAUUUCCUUGGUCGCGAUUCUUGAGUUCUUCGUCCGGUGUCAGGGGAUAUCCACAGGUGUGAGGUCUUUUUACUCAGGCGACGGUGUUUGAACUAACCGAAGGGAAAAUGGCUGAGAUGGAGGCUAAUCAAUUUAAGGACUUCGGAAAGGCGAUGAUAGAUUAUGUAUCUUCCUAUCUGGAAAAUAUCAGGGACAGGAGGGUUUUGCCAACCGUAGAACCCGGAUAUUUGAGACCACUGAUUCCGGACAGUGCCCCAGAAAAGCCUGACAAAUGGGAGGACGUUAUGGCAGACUUAGAUCGCGUCAUCAUGCCUGGGGUGACACAUUGGCAUUCGCCAAGAUUUCACGCCUAUUUCCCGACGGCGAACUCGUAUCCGGCAAUUGUGGCCGACAUUCUCAGCGGAGCGAUCGCCUGCAUCGGAUUUUCAUGGAUCGCCAGUCCCGCCUGCACCGAACUCGAAGUCGUUAUGCUGGACUGGCUGGGUAAAAUGCUCGACCUCCCCAAGGAGUUUCUCGCCUGUUCAGGCGGCAAAGGGGGUGGCGUGAUCCAGGGUAGCGCUAGCGAAGCCACUUUGGUCGCGCUUUUGGGCGCCAAGGCACGUGCCGUCGACGCCUACAAAAAGCAACAUCCCGACGUCAAGGACUCCGACAUCGUGGCCAAAUUGGUCGGAUACACUUCUCGUCAAAGUCACUCGUCGGUGGAAAGGGCCGGAUUGUUGGGUGGCGUGCAGCUGCGUCACCUGCAACCGGACGAGAACAACCGCUUGAGAGGCGAAACCCUCGAGAAGGCGAUCCGCGAAGACCGUGAGGCUGGCCUAAUUCCAUUUUAUGCUGUAUGUACGUUGGGAACGACCUCUUCUUGCACGUUCGACUCCUUGGAAGAAAUCGGCCCUGUUUGCAAUGAGAACGACGUUUGGCUCCACGUGGACGCUGCCUAUGCUGGGUCAGCUUUCAUCUGCCCCGAGUUCCGUUACCUGCUCAAAGGCAUCGAAAGAGCCGACUCCUUCAACUUCAACCCCCACAAGUGGAUGCUGGUCAACUUCGACUGCUCCGCCAUGUGGCUGAAGGACCCCACCUGGCUGGUGGACGCCUUCAACGUCGAUCCCUUGUACCUCAAGCACGAGCAACAGGGCUCCGCCCCCGAUUACAGACACUGGCAGAUCCCCCUGGGCAGACGUUUCAGAGCCCUGAAGCUGUGGUUCGUUCUGAGGCUCUACGGCGUCGAGAACUUGCAGAAGUUCAUCAGGAAGCACGUCGAAUUGGCCAAGUACUUCGAGUCUUUGGUCAGGUCGGACGACAGGUUCGAGAUCACGGAAGAGGUGGUCUUGGGAUUGGUUUGUUUCCGACUUAAAGGCGACAACGAGACCAACGAGGCCUUGUUGAAGAGGUUAAACGGAAGGGGCGUCAUCCAUUUAGUUCCUUCCAAGAUUCGUGAUACUUACUUCUUGAGGUUGGCCAUUUGCUCCAGAUUCACCGAGAAUGAGGACAUUGACAUUUCCUGGAAGGAAGUCAAGGAGGCAGCUAACGAAGUAUUGGCUGAGAAGUAAUUAGUUUGUAUUUAAUUUAGCAUUUAAAAGACAUAAAACAGCUACUAAUUACUUAAAAUAGUACCUGAGCUAAUCGCAAAGAAUCCUCAGUAUUUCGAAACUUAUAACUGUGUACGUUUCAGUAGUUAGUAGUCAUAAACAAAUGUAUCUAAAGCAUAUGAAGUAAACGUGUAAAACAAUCAUUAUUGUACAAUAAUAUGAGUUAGUGAUAAGUUUAAAUUAUUAUAAUUUAUUGUAUAUAAAAUGACCAAUUGUAUUAUAAGUGUUAAAAUAAAUGUUCAAGCAGU